CUAAAAACCGAAACAUUCAGUGUUUAACAAAAAAAGACUUCACUUUCCAGGCUGCGGGAACUACGUAUGCGCAGUAUUUGUUUAGCGGAAGAACUACAACUCCCAGAGAUCUCCGCUUCAUCCUUUCAUCCGCGGCCGUGUGCUAUGGCAGACGAUGCUGUCCUGCAGUUAUCGGUGCGCACUAACGUUCAUAUGGAUAUUUAGAAUCAUUGUUUUCGUUGUAUCCAACUGAGAUCUCGAAUAACAAUGUUUAAAAAAGCAAAGAGGGUAAAUUUCCGGCGACGAAACGAGUCAGACGAUGAGGAAAAUGAAGAGAGCCAACCUCAAGCGCUGCAGCAGCAGUCAUGUGGGCCUGCUGACGAGACGUGCCUUCGGGAAGCCGGAGUCAACAAUUCAGAGCUCGGGAGCGCAAACGUGCCAGCAAGCGAGGAUGUUGUGCACCACGGAAACGGGUUGCAAAGUAAUGCUGCAAAACCCAAAGAGAAAAAGAAAAUUAAGGACAACAAGGAAGCUCCCAAAGCUAGCUUGUUGAGCUUUCACGAUGAGGAAGACGAUACUGAAGUCUUCAAAGUAAAGAAGUCCAACCACAGCAAGAAGAUAGUGAAACAGCUGAAGAAGGAGUAUAAAGAGGACCUGGAGAGGACUGGGACAGUGAAGCAGGAGUCCAGUGCAGCUGUGGAUGAGCCCAUGACAGUAGCAGUCACCAUGAAGGAUGACCUGCGGCUGGAGGGAAGCCUUCCUUGCAGCGAGCAGGGGGAGGAGGAGAUGGAGGUGGACAGCAAUGAGGAGUCUGAGGAGGAUCAGAAGACCAGUGCUGGUGGUGCUUUCUCCAGUGCCUUGUCAUCACUGAGCACGCUCAGACCAGGUGAAAUUCCAGAUGCUGCAUUUAUCCACGCUGCCCGGAAGAGAAGACAACUGGCCCGCGAGCUGGGAGAUGCCAUUCCUAUGGAGUCCGAGGUGGGCAAGAACCGGUUAGUGAGGGAGGACGAGCACGACGCCAGCGAUGAUGAGGAUGACGAUGAGAAACGCCGCAUCGUCUUCAGCGUGAGGGAGAAGACCCAGAGACAGAAAAUAGCUGAGGAGAUUGGAAUCGAAGGCAGUGAUGAUGAGGCUCUGGAUGCAGGAGGCCAGGAUGAAGAGCUAAGCCGCUGGGAGCAGGAGCAGAUUAGGAAAGGGAUCAGCAUUCCACAGGUUCAAGCCAGUCAGCCAGAGGAUGUGACUAUGUAUUACCAAAGCUCCUAUGAAGCGUCGUCCUAUGGAUCAUCGUAUGGCCUGCCCUAUACCUACAGCUCUGUUGGAUCUGAAGACUCGAAACAAUUAAAGUCCGAAAGCUCAGUAACAUAUUCUGCUCCUAGUAGUGAAAUGACACCUAUCACUACUGAUUUGGUAAAGAAACGCCUUAAAGACAGAUUGAAUUCAAUGAGAGAAGUGCACAGUAGCAAUAAGAAACGCUAUGAGAAAAUUCAACAGGAGCUGGAGUCCUCCACCAACAUGAUAGAGAGACUGGAAGGCUCCUCCGAUGGUGUCGCCGACCAGUAUAAAUUCUUGCAAGAAAUGCGAGGGUAUGUUCGAGACUUGCUUGAGUGUUUCAGUGAAAAGGUGCCUCUGAUUCUCGAGCUCGAGUCGGCAAUGCACCAGUUACUUAGGCAGCGGGCGGCCCGGCUGGUCCAGAGAAGACAGGAUGAUAUUAAAGAUGAAUCAUCGGAAUUUGCAAGCCAUUCAAGUAAGGCUUUAAUGGCACCAAAUCUUGAUUCUUUUGGUCGUGACCGUGGAGCCUACCAGGAACAUGCUAAGCAGCGAAGGAUUGCAGAGCGUGAAGCCAGGCGGGCUCGGCGGAGGCAAGCUAGAGAACAGAAUGGGAAGAGAGCUGAGCAUUGUGAAGGUCUGUCGAGUGAUGAUGAGGAGACCACCACUGACAUCACCAGCUUCAAUCUGGAAAAAGAACGCAUUUUGAAAGAAUCCAAAAAAGUGUUUGAAGAUGUGCUCGAAGACUUUCAUUCUCUGGACUGCAUCAAAGCCAGAUUUGAAGUUUGGCGUCGGCUUUAUUUCAAAUGCUAUCAGGAUGCAUACAUUGGGCUGUGCCUGGCCAAGCUGUUCAGUCCCCUGGUCCGACUGCAGCUUAUCUCUUGGUCACCCUUAGAGGCUAACUGCCCUAACUUUGAGUACAUGCUGUGGUUCGAGGCGCUGCUGUUUUAUGGCUGUGAGGAGCAAUCUAACUUGCCAAAGGGGGAUGUGGACAUCAAUCUUCUGCCGUCAAUCGUGGAAAGAGUCAUACUCCCCAAACUUGCAGUACUUGCAGACCAGGUGUGGGAUCCCUUCUCCACUAAUCAGACGACAAGGCUCGUAGUCUUCAUGCACAAGCUGAUCAAGGGCUAUCCCACAGUCCUUCACGGGGAAAACCGGAACACACAGGAGCUGCUGAAAACUAUAGUCAUGCGGACAAGAAGAACUCUAGAUAAUGAUGUUUUCAUGCCUCUGUACCCGAAAAAUGUACUGGAGAACAAGAACUCUGGACCGUAUUUGUUUUUCCAGCGUCAGUUCUGGUCUUGUGUGAAGCUGUUGGGGAACAUUCUUCAGUGGCAUGGAGUACUGUCCAACACGAGCCUUAGGGAGCUGGCAGUGGACAGCAUGUUGAAUCGCUACAUCCUCUCAGCCCUUCAGAGCACAGACCCCGGAGAGGACAGCAUUGAGAAAACCCAGAGUGUCAUCAGCUGCUUCCCAAAGCAGUGGUUUACAAGCUUGAAGGGACAACAGACUCUCCCUCAGUUAGAAAACGUCUGCCGAUAUCUCAAGCAUGUUGCCAACACAGUGUAUCGUUUGAGUCUUGGGGGCUCUGAUGUUGACAAGCGAAAUGCAAGGGAUCAUAUAAAGGAAGUAGUGAAGCUCCUGGGAAGUAUCAAUGCUCUGGAUCACGCGAUGGCUGUCUCCACCGAACACGGAAUAAAAGACUUUAAGGCUUUACUAGAUGGAAAAUGAGAAGUUGGUGGAUUCUCCUAAGCCUUAUUUGUAUUUGGUGUAUAUAAUGUGAAUAUGUGUAAAAACUUGGAGCACUAUUAAAAAUUGUUUUAAACAGACUUAAGUACCAUAGACACAUUUUAUAUUGUUAAGUUGAAUGUGAAUCAGGAUCUGGCUUUGUACCUGGAAGACAACAAGAAAUGGAUGGAAGGAAAAGUUGUCUAUUUAAAAAUGGAGAGUUUUGAAUAAACAAAAUCACUUGGUUCA